CCCUCUCACAGGGGGCGGGGAAGCAAGAUGGCGGCGCCCUGUAGCCGGUGAGGAGAGAGGACACGGGCAUCCCGGGGAGCGGCCAGACUUGUGCAUUAUGGCCGCAUCCCCGCAUACUCUCUCCUCGCGCCUCCUGUCAGGUUGGAUGGGAGGAUGUGUCUGGUAUCUGGAAAGGAGAGCUGUGCAGGAAUCCCCUCACAAGUUUAUGCAUCUUUUCAGGAGCACCAAGAAGCAGUGCAUUACAUUUCAGCACUUUAACUUCCUCAAGCGCAUGUAUGCCACACAGCUGAACAGAAGUCUCAACCAGCAAGUAAAACCAAAGCCAGAACCCUUGACAUCUCCUUUCCUUGAAAAAACAUCUUCGGGUCCAGCCAAAACAGAAAUAUAUGAGAUGAGAUCUCUUUCACCCUCCAGCCUGUCUUUAUCCAGAGAGCCAAAUAAAAAAGAAGUGAUAGAACUAGAAUCUGCUUCAAUAAUUGAAGGUUCAGUUCAUGUGAAGAAACAGACAAGAGAUGAAAAGCAGUGGAAAGAGAUGAAGCUGCAUGUGGAUGAUUUGCCAGGAAUUUUGGCUCGACUAUCCAAAAUCAAACUCACAGCUCUGGUUGUAAGUACCACGUCAGCUGGAUUUGCACUAGCUCCAGGACAUUUUGACUGGCCCUGUUUCCUACUUACUGUUGUUGGAACAGGACUUGCAUCCUGUGCUGCGAAUUCUAUCAACCAGUUUUUUGAGGUGCCAUUUGAUUCAAACAUGAAUAGGACAAAGAACAGACCUCUGGUUCGUGGACAGAUCAGCCCGCUGCUGGCAGUGUCCUUUGCCACUUGCUGUGCUGUUCCAGGAAUCGCCCUUCUAACCUGGGGGGUGAACCCACUCACGGGCGCCCUAGGGGCCUUCAACAUCUUCCUGUAUACCUGCUGUUAUACCCCACUGAAGAGGAUGAGCAUUGCCAACACAUGGGUAGGAGCGGUCGUGGGGGCCAUCCCACCUGUCAUGGGCUGGACAGCGGUUACUGGCAGCCUCGAUGCUGGAGCAUUUCUUCUGGGAGGAAUCCUCUACUCCUGGCAGUUUCCUCAUUUCAACGCCCUGAGCUGGGGCCUCCGGGAAGACUACUCCCGAGGAGGCUACUGCAUGAUGUCGGUCACCCACCCAGGCCUGUGCCGGCGCGUCGCCCUGCGCCACUGUCUGGCCCUCAUUGCACUGUCCACAGCAGCCCCCAUCCUGGAUGUCACCACAUGGACCUUCCCCAUCAUCUCCCUCCCCAUCAACCUGUAUAUUUCCUACCUUGGCUUUCGAUUCUACACAGAUGCCGAUCGGAAAAGUUCCAGGAAGCUGUUCUUCUGCAGCCUCUGGCACUUACCCUUGCUCCUGCUUCUCAUGCUCACCUGCAAGCAGACACCACGUGGCAAAAGUGAAAACGGAGAACCUCAAAGUUGAAAUCACCGACUUGUGGGGAAAAAACCAAAAACAAAAGCAAAAACCAUACUGGGAGACGCACAAAUUUUUUCCCUUUGCUCUUAGGCAAGACUGUUUUGGUAAUUCUGGAGCGUGGGAAAUGACUGGGUUUAGGACAAGAUUGUAUGAUAAUUUGGUGCUCAAUGAUCACUUGGCAUUUUUUUUAUGACAAUAUCCAAAUGCUCCCCAAAUAAGAAAUGGAUCGAUUCAGUGGACUAAUGCAGAGAGAGGAUAUUUUUCUUUUAGCAUCUUUAUAUAGCUCUCCCUCUGACUCGAUCCCACUGUUUUGAGUCUUCCUUGUGAAGAUGUACGUGAGCUCCUCUCCCUGUGCUGCUCCCUCCCCAUCUGGCCCCCCGUACAUAUACCCUCAGUGGUAACUGGUGGCCAGACAGGGUGAGCACCGGUCUCACAUAGCUCUGGUUCUUUGGGGCCUUCAGACUGUGUCAGAGGAAAUGCACACUGCAGCCACUGCACCCCAUUCCUGGUGAAUGAGCCAGGGCCUUUGUUCCAGCUUAUUCCACCCCACAUACCCUCCCUCAAUGAUGACAGAAUACCAAGGAUGGUUUGCAACAUCACACACGGAGGGAGGAUUCUAAACGGUUGCCUAGGGAAUCUCAGGCUGGACUGCCAGCCCUGCCCCCCAUCCCCAUGGCAUAUCAGCAUUUCACAAACCCCCAGGGACUCAAAGGCAUCUUUAUAGUUCACUCUCAAGUAUAGGAGGUAUCUAACACGUUUCUUCUGCGAGGUAGCGCUAGAUUUUAUUCCAGAAAUCCCUCCAGCUCUGAUCCAUUCCCGAUCCUCUUCAAUCACUUGUGCAGACCAUCAGCUCCUCUGCUGUGUGGCUUUUUCAGGGCCAUAUGAUAAGGGAAGUCAGGAAAAAAAGGUGUGCUGGGCUGGCCAGCACAUAGCUCGCAUUGUAGAACCUUUAGUGAAAACCACAUUUCCAUCCUGCUGUCUUCAGGAUUCAGAUAUUAACCUCCAUAUGUCCGGUGGCUUUAAGAACCACUAGCAAGAGUAGGACUCCCGGUGGGGGUGCUUCCGGUUCUGGGAAUUGUUCCAGUUUCCCUGUAGGCAGGUGUGGCCUCGGUCACCUGUUCUUCUGUCAGCCCUUCAUGUCUGCCCACCUGUCCACUGUCAAGUCCUAUUUGCCCGAAGCCCUUGAAGCUUAACAGGAUGUUUUAAUUACUCCAUCUCCGGGGGCACCGCUGCCCUGUAGCAAUUGGAAUUUAAGCAACAUUUAAACAGUCAUUGCAACAUGCCUGUUCUCUCAAAAAUUUCUAAAGCAACUGCAGAUAGCAUCUGAUCCCUGUUCCUGCUUCUCAGAACUAUAACCUGUGGCGUAUCCAGGUUAUUUACUGUGUGGAACUUGGCAUUGGAGUGUCUGGAAAGAACAUCUACAGCUUACUGCAGCCCUCAAAUUUGUAAAAUGCAUCGGUUCUCUUUUCCUGCUGAAAUAAAUCAGUAUAUAAAACCAGGAGUGUGUGUGA